AUGGAUAAUGCACGGUGGCAUAAUGAACUGACAGAUGAGACGAAAAUGCCAAAGCGUACUUGGGCGAAGGCACAAGUGAUCCAAUGGCUUAACGAUCAUAAAGUGCAAUAUUUGGAUAUUUAUACAAAAGCGAAGUUGUUGGAACUGGCUGAUGUCUAUGCACCAAAAAAAUUCAAAACACAUGUAGCUGCCGCAAAGUUCGAUGUUGAAAUUUUAUGUCUGCCAGUAAGGCAUUAUAUGCUGAAUCAAAUCGAAAUUGCCUGGACCGAAAUGAAGAUUUUUAUUCGCAAUAAUAAUGUAACUUACAGUUUAGAAGAUGUUUCUGUGUGGGUUACAGCUUGGAUGGCAGCAUGUGAUAUGAAAAUGGCAUCCAGUUUUAUUGAACACACGAGAAAGUACGAAGAGACAUUCAAAAGAGCGAUUGUAAUUUCAGAUGAACGUGACAAUGAUAUCAUUGAAGAUGAUGUACAGUUUGAAUCAGAAAUUGAAGACGCAGAUUAA